AUGGGCAAAGUGCACACCGGAAGUCGCAUCAUCUUGCAGAAUCCUCACCGCAAGCCGUGAUGAGGCAGUGUGUCCGGGUCCCGGGCGGGCUGGGGGUCCUGCAGAUCCUCACGGUGUGUGUUGUGGUGCUGUGUGUCGCACCUGCAGCCUCACACCCGCAGUGUCUGGACUUUAAGCCCCCCUUCAGACCGCUGCAGGAGCUCCAGUUCUGCGUCAUGUACAAGGAGUUCGGCUGCUGUGACUAUGAGAAGGACCAGAAGCUGAUGGCGAAGUACUACCGGAUCAUGGAUAACUUUGAUUAUUACGGAUAUGCAAACUGCGCUGGGUUCGUGCUGGAGAUGAUCUGCCAGGAAUGCUCUCCAUAUGCAGCUCAUCUGUUUGACGCUGAAGACCCCACCACAACGAUCAGGACCAUUCCUGGCCUUUGUCCUGACUACUGCUCUCAGUUUUGGAAUAAGUGCAGGUCCACCAUCCCUCUCUUGUCUGAAGACCCACACAUAGCCAAAGUCAAAGAAGACCAGACACGUCUCUGCCGCUACCUGGAGCUAGACGACGUAGACUACUGCUACCCACACCUCCUCAGUGACCAGAAACUCACCCAGAAUCUGGGCCAUGUCCAGUCAGACGUGGACGGUUGUCUGCAGCUGUGCCUGGAAGAAGUCGCGAAUGGGCUGCGGAACCCGCUAGCUAUGGUGCACGCCAAUGACGGUACACACCGGUUCUUUGUGGCGGAACAGGUGGGCUUGGUGUGGACGUACCUUCCUGACCGAUCCAAACUGGAGAAGCCAUUUUUGAACAUAACCAAGGCAGUAUUAACGUCCUCAUGGGAAGGAGACGAGAGGGGCUUUCUGGGUCUUACCUUUCACCCUAAGCACAAGUACAAUGGGAAGCUGUAUGUUUACUACUCAGUGGAGGUGGGUUUUGACGAGAGGAUCAGGAUCAGUGAGUUUCAUGUGUCAGCCCAUGACAUGAAUGUGGUGGAUCAUGCCUCUGAGCGGGUUAUUCUAGAGAUUGACGAACCAGCAUCCAAUCACAAUGGAGGGCAACUACUCUUUGCAGAUGAUGGCUACUUGUACAUUUUUACAGGGGAUGGUGGAAUGGCAGGGGAUCCAUUUGGGAAAUAUGGGAAUGCCCAGAACAAGUCAGCUCUAUUGGGUAAAGUUCUCCGCAUUGAUGUGGAUGACAAUGAAAGAGGUCCAUUGUACCGAAUCCCUCCAGAUAACCCCUUUGUACAUGAUCGGGGGGCUCGACCAGAGGUUUAUGCUUACGGUGUGCGUAAUAUGUGGAGGUGUUCCGUGGACCGGGGUGACUCUCGGACCAAAGAGGGCAAAGGACGUAUCUUCUGUGGGGAUGUGGGCCAGAACAAGUUUGAAGAGAUAGACAUUAUCGAGAAAGGUCGAAAUUUCGGCUGGAGAGCCAAAGAAGGCUUCUCCUGCUACGAUAAGAAGCUGUGUGCCAACAGCUCGCUAGAUGAUGUCCUCCCUAUUUAUGCGUACCCUCACAAGAUGGGCAAGUCAGUGACUGGGGGCUAUGUUUACCGGGGAUGUGAAUACCCCAACAUAAACGGCAUGUACAUAUUUGGAGACUUCAUGAGCGGGCGUUUGAUGAGUUUGCAGGAAGAAAGAAACACAGGGAAAUGGAAGUACAAUGAGAUCUGUAUGGGGAAGGGCAUGACCUGUGCCUUCCCUGGAAUCAUCAACAACUACCACCAGUACAUCAUCUCCUUCGCAGAGGAUGAAGCUGGUGAGCUGUACUUCAUGUCCACUGGAGUACCGAGUGCUACAUCCCCUUCAGGAGUCGUCUAUAAAGUUGUGGACCCCUCAAGACGCGCUCCACCAAGACAAUGCCAUUAUGACCCUCUUCCUGUCAGAGUGAAAAGUAACCUUAUCAAGUUUGUUCCUCAGGAAACAUUAAUUGGACUUGAACCACCACACAAAGCCAAGCCUGAGUCACAACCCACAGAUUCCUCCGACUGGCUCCAAGAGCUCAUUGACCGUCUCGGAUUACCGGAUGCUACCCCCCCUUUGCCAACAACCACCACAACCACCAAACCCCCCAGGCGGAAAGGCAGACGCAGAAAAGGUAAAACCAGAACGGAGAGUGUGCCUGAGCUCCAGAAUGGAAUGGUGAGGCUGGUUGGGGACGAACAAGGCCAAAGCGACCGGGGAAGGGUAGAGAUCUACGUCAACGGGGAGUGGGGCACCGUAUGUGACGACCUUUGGACAAUCAAGAACGCUGAAGUGGUUUGCCGGCAACUGGGCUUCGAACGGGCUCUGAAGGCUGCCAAGAAUUCUGAGUUCGGGGAAGGGAAGGAUCUGCGGAUUCUUCUGGAUGACGUUCAGUGUGACGGGACAGAGUCCGGUCUGCUGGACUGCCAACACGCCGGCGUGGGGACUCAUAACUGUGCCCACUAUGAAGACGCUGGAGUGAUCUGUGGCAACUCGGACCACAUUAUAGAAGUCUAAAUGUUUGACUGCUAUGAAAUCCGAGCAACCAUCAUUAAACCUGUUGUUUUAAAAAUCCAUCCUAAAUGUAAUUCAAUCAGGAGAGACCAAUCUUUUUUUUUACGAAUAUUUGCAUCAUGUGCACAAGAUGAUAGAAAUGUGAAUUGUCUUUGGAGACUAGACCCCAUUGUGAUAUCAGAUAUCGUAAAGAGGAGGUCCUUCUUUAAGGAACUCACCACCUGCGGUCUAGACACUGGUGCUGAUUUGAUGAAGAUCAGGAUAUAAGGAGCAGCCUUUUGACCUAGGAACUGACUGGAGCUGAAUUGUGGGACAAUUGGCUGUUGCAUAUCGUAGGAAAUGUUGUUGGUAACUAAAAGAGUGAACACCAAUAAUUGGGUGAUUAGAAGCAACUUGAGGACUGAGAGAAUUGCGAAUUAAUAAACAUAAAGUGUUCCUGAUUCAAAUUUUCUAUGAGUCAAUUGAAAUACACGCUUGUAUUUCAAUUGACUCAUAGAAAAUGGACAAUGUUCUCAUUCCCAUGAAAAAGCCCACUGAAAAUAACUACUUUUUGAUAAUAAUUCAUAUAUUUUCAGCAGCUAUAAUGGAAUGUUUGAGCCAACAUGUGCCUUAUCUUGAUGUCAGUCCAACACAUUAAAGAGGGAAAGGGGGGGAAAUCUUGUAGAUUACACUGCAACCACAUUACAAUAUGUUUUGAAUAAAGGGUGUGGGACUUAUUGUUCUCAGCAAGAGCAAGAUGUUUCUCUGAAAAGCAGGGAUAUGGCAGAUCAUCAAAGCAUUCCAGAGGUGACCUCACACUUUUGCAGUGGGGGCUUCCCUCUUUUUGUACCUGCCAGUAGUGGAACAUCCAUUCUCUUCUAAAUGUUUAUAUAAUAGUUUAUGAUUGUCCACGACAGUCUUGAAUGUUUCAUUUAAACAUAUGUUUGGCACAAUCUCAGUGAUUUGUUACAAAAAAGUCUCGAAUGAAUGUAUGGGUAUGUUAUGAUGUCAUAAUUUUAGUAUACGAUUUUACCUAUACCUGGACAACAUGUGUGUUAAUCUUUUUCAUAUAUGUUUACAUUAUCAUUUCCGUAUUGUUGUUAAUUCUGAACACAUGACAUCUAUUGUACGUCGCUCUCUGGGUUUAAUAACAUCUCUUCUGUUAAUUGUGGGGUUUCUUUGGGAGUUUUUCCUACUGUACAGACUGUAUGUAAAGCCACCUGAGACAAAUUUGUAAUUUUGGAUAUUGCGCUAUUUUAAUAAAAUGUCAUUGAUUGAA